CCAGAAAAGAAAAGAACAGAGAAAAAAGAAUCGUUUUCAGGUCAAUGUCGCAGUACUAGAAUUUUGGAUAUAUAAAAAGUGGGAGUGAUUUAGAGGAACCCAGCAGUACAGGAGGACCAACAGUGAGGCUUCGCAUAAAGCUGAUACAUAUUAGCUCAUGGUGAGUCUAAGCUACCUGUUCUGUGUGUUUGUGAGCCUUCUUGAUGAUGACCCAGUCAGCUGCCAUGUUCAGUCCAAGCCAGAGGGAGAACAUAAGACCUUGUUUGUAUUUGGGGACUCACUCUUUGAUCCAGGCAACAACAAGUACCUCAAUUCUAGUGUGGAAGGUGGAUCAAUUUCAUGGCCAUAUGGGGAAACUUUCUUCAACCAUUCCACUGGGAGACUCUCUGAUGGCCGUAUAGUCCCUGACUUUGUUGCCCAGUUUGCCGAAUUGCCUAUACUUCCUCCAUACUUACAACCAAUUGCACAUCAUUUCACUGAUGGGGCUAACUUUGCUUCAGCUGGAGGAGGUGUUCUUGUUCAAACUCACCCUGGAACGAUAAAUCUCCCAGCGCAGCUAAGCUAUUUUAAGGCUGUAGUGAAGUCACUAAAGCAGAAACUAGGCGAUGUAGAAGCCAAGAAGGUGCUGAUGAGAGCUGUGUACUUGUUUAGCAUUGGAGGAAACGAUUACUUCAGCUUUUACUCGGAGAACCCCAAUGCUUCUCAGUCCUACCGAAGACAAUACGUGGGGAUGGUCAUAGGCAACUUGACUGGUGUGCUCAAAGAAAUAUAUGAUUUAGGAGGAAGGAAAAUUGCAUUUCAGAAUGCAGGGCCUUUGGGUUGCCUACCAGCCAUGAAAGCAAGGAGUCCCCAACUUGGUAGUGGAUGUGCUGAAGAACCCUCAGCUUUGGCAAGACUACACAACAGAGCUCUAGCCAAUGUGCUUAAAAAAUUAGAGAGCAAGUUACCAGGAUUCAAAUAUUCAAUCUUUGAUUACUACAACGCACUUGGAGACAGAGUGAACAACCCUUCAAAAUAUGGCUUCAAGAAUGGUAAAGUUGCAUGCUGUGGCAGUGGGGCAUAUAGAGGAAUGAAUUGUGGAGGAGGAAGAAAUGGAACAGAACCAUAUGAUUUAUGCAGUAAUCCUAGUGAGUAUGUGUGGUUUGAUGGUGGCCAUACUACUGAAACAGCCAACCGCCAGUUAGCUGAGCUGAUUUGGAGUGGAGCACCAAAUGUCACAGGCCCUUACAAUGUGCAACAACUAUUUGGACAUGCAUAAUAGUAUAUCUAUUUGUGACCAGUUAAAAUCGUAUCUAGCUUUCUUGUUAUGUUUUUGGAGGUAACACCGUCACUCGUAGAUGUAAACCACUCCAUUUGAAUAAUAUACUCAUUUCUAUUGCAGAGCCAAAAAAAAAAGGAGAAAUUUGUUAGUAUUUCAA